GUAUUUGCCCAAUAAAGUUGUAAGUUUCAACUCUCAAUGGUUAUUGAUCUUCUUGAUUUGAACCAAUCAAUUAUAGACAUCUUAACGAGUUUCUUUAUCACCCAAAACGGGUUUAAAUCUUACCUGCUUUCACUCGACUGUUACUGAUACGUGCAGACUCUCUGUAGUAGUUGACUCUGCUUAUCUUUCCAUCUUAUUUCUGUUUUUUGUCUAUCUUGUAGUAUGUGACUCGGCUUAUUAUCCCAUUCUUUUCUUUUUUCUCUAUCUUCUCUCUCUCCGGUUCUGCUCAUUUUCCCUUCUCAAGAGACUAACAGCUAUGUCUCUUUGCAUCUCUACCUUACUGGCCAGGUAUAUGGAUUCUUGCAAGAGGCAUGGUGUGUCAACCAAUCCUGCUGUCCUCUCAGGGCUAUAUAAGUCCAUGGAGCAGAAAAGAACACACCAGGAGUGCACCAUAGUGCUUUCACUCAAUGAUCUCAAAGACGAUGACUUAUCUCCCCUUGUUGAUUUCUUCCAAGAAGUGCACUCUUUUGACAUUGAUGCUGUGGAUAUUCUUUGUAGAUUGCCCCGUGUCUUGAACCAAGAGUUAGUCUUGGCCUUAAUGCAUGUGGUUGGUUCAAAACUACGGACUGCCAAUCUCCAGGAUAUACUAUUGAAAGAGGAUAUUGCCCGGGAUAUUUUCCGAGGUGGUUUAAAUUGCCAAUUGCUGAAACUGAGAUUCACCGAGAUUCGGAAGCUCAACAUGGCUGGGAGUUUUGCACAAUUGCACACGCUUAAUCUGGACUUCUGUUCUUCACUUACUGGCUUAGAGAAUGAUUGCUUUGCUUGCCUGCCAAAACUAAUGCGCCUUUCAAUGUGUGGAACGAGAAUCGCUGAUCUUUGGACAACCACCGCUGCCUUGUUGAGACUUCCUUCUUUGAUAGAACUUCGGUUUCAAAAUUGUGUAGGUUGCGAAGACACUGGAAUAUGUCUUGCACCAUCCAAUGUUUCUGCAGAUGGACCGGGGCACCCACUUUCUACUGGCAAUCUGUUGCCUAUUUCUGAGUGUCUAAGUUUACCUAAGCAGUCAUCCGUUCAGUCGGGGGAUAGAGAUCUUGUUCAUAUUGAAGCGAUUAUGGCAUUGGAACCUGAGAUCUCACUUAGUGAUUUGCAUAUUAAAGAGAGAAAUGAGUCGUUUUUUUCUAAGAUGUAUGCUUCUCAUCAUCCAUCGCCCAUCUGCUUCGAGAAACACUACAGGGAGUACAUGAUUGUAUUAUUGCCUCGUCUAGAAGUGCUGGAUAAUUUGCCCGUACAGAAAAACGACAGAGAAGUGGCCAAAACUGUUUACUCGAAUCAUUUCGAAUAUCUACCAUGCAAACGCAAGUUCAAGGAGAGUGUUUUAAGUAUUUUGCACAUGCGUGAAACCAGAACAAAGAACACUCCUUCAAGGGUAAAGCGAUCCGCUUAUUUUGGAAAAAGCCAAAUUUCCUAUUCCAGGUCUCUUUGUGCUGCCAAAUUCGGGGCUUCAUCGUGUCCUUCCGUGCAUCUCAUGUCUCGUGUAAGUGAUUUUAUUAACAAAGGCAGAAAAGUCCCUCAACCGAGACAGUUUGAGUACCACCCGUCUGAUCCUGGUCUGAUGUCUUGUGGGACUUUAGAUGGGGAAGUGAUCAUCGUAAACCAUGAGAAGGGAAACGUUUUUACGUAUAUUCCACCUUUUGGAAUGAGUAGCAGCGUUUUGGGGCUUUGUUGGCUCAACAAGCAUCCGUCUAAGCUACUUGUUGGUUGCGAUAAUGGUUCUCUGAGAUUGUAUGACAUCAAUCACGUGAUGGCAGAAGCAGAAGGUAUCUAUUGUAGCUCUGGCCCGGUAACUUUCGAGAAGUUUGAACAUUUGACUUCGGUUCAUGUCAAUUCAACCGAUGAUAGAUUCCUCACGAGUGGUUAUACAAAGAAAGUUGCUAUCUUUGAUAUUUGUAGUGGCAGACGCUUACAUACUUUUAGCGAUAUGCAUAGUGAACCCAUCAAUGUUGCUAAAUUCGCAAAUCAUUCCCCUAAUAUGUUGGUCACAUCGUCAUUUGACCAUCACGUCAAAAUGUGGGACUUGAGGCAGCAACCUAUUCGCCCUUGCUAUACUGCUUCGAGCUCGAGAGGGAAUGUGAUGGUCUGCUUUUCUCCCGAUGAUCUUUAUCUUCUUGUGUCAGCUAUAGACAACGAGGUGAAACAAAUCCUGGCAGUCGAUGGAAGGAUUCAUAUGGAUUUUGGUAUAACUUCAACGGGUAGCGCUCAUAAUUACACGCGUUCGUAUUACAUGAAUGGAAGGGACUAUAUCAUUAGCGGAAGCUGUGAUGAAUCAGUUGUGCGGAUUUGCUGUGCUCAAACUGGGAAACGGUUGAAGGACUUGUAUCUCAAGGAUAAUGAGUUUGGAGGGUCAAUACUGGUGCAGUCACUUCGAAGUGAUCCUUUUAGAGAUUUUCAUAUGGCGGUCUUGGCAGCGUAUCCUCACCCCAACUCAAAGCGGGAUAUCAUCAAGGUCAAUUUGGUGGAAUCUUGCUAGAAAACAAUUAAUUUGUGUAGAAAGAAAAAAUGAAGCAGAUCCAAUUAAGGGAUGACAGAUAGGAAAGCCAAUGGAUUGGUGGAAAGUUUGAGUCCUAAAGAACUAUCAACAUCUAGUGGUCUCCACGGGCCAUACCAGAUAGCUUACAGUCUGCAGCAAACACUUUUUCUUUCAAUAUUCCAAGAUUCUCUCUUCUGAUCUGAGAAUGGGAAAAAUGAGAAGUUGACCCCAACACAUUCUUAAAAAUGGAUAAAGAAUAACCUACUCCCCCAAAACCAAACCUUUUCCUUUCAUGCAUUUGUUGGUUUCUUGUAAGUGGUAAACAUGGCACAUGCUCCCUACUCAUUGCGAAAUAAUACAAUAAUGUUUUUUUUUU